CCGCUCUGCCCGCUGGUCAUUAUUAUCCUGUGAAGCACCGGCUGAGCAAUGCGCGCAUCCCGUGUCCUGGUGUCGGCGCUGGCGCUGAUGGCGGCGGCGAUCGGCGUGGUGGAGGCAGCGCAGGCCAUCAAGCCGCUGUCACCCAGUGCAGACCAUCCGGGGAAGUGCUACGACCCAGAGAAUCAGCUAGUGCUCGCCCCUGGUGAAAGCGCUCCCGCCAAAGGAGACUGCGUGCGCAUCUCGUGUGGGACUACCGACACUGGCUUCCAGCUGUUCUUCAGCUCAUGUGGUAGUAUAGGUGUUGCGGCUGGAUGUGUAUUGGACACACCGAAUCCCAACUUGCCAUACCCACAGUGCUGCCCACAGUUAAAAUGUUGAUGGCAGCAACUGAUAUCUCACAUUACUCCCACGGUGGACCUUACAGCCAUGUGUAUUCGUAGUAAAUAAUAGUUUUAGAAUACCAACAUUUCUUAUGUAACUUUUUUACUAUCUGUAGUGUACUAAAAAUUUAAAUAAAGCUGGAUUUUCAUUUC